AACGAACCCCUUUUACAAACAUAGAAAACACUUUAUCUACUUCACCUGAUAGCCACCCAAAGCAAAAUGAAAUAAAUGAUUAUAGUUUAAUAGUAAAUAAAAGUUCACCUACUAAUGUUAUUUCAGAGAAUUUGAACGUUGGAAAUGAUAAUGAUGAACUAGAAGAACUGGAACAUAAUCUAAAGGACAACUCUAGGAAUACAAGUUAUCACUUACCUCAAGUUCGUGUUAAGUUAUAUUGUGAAAAAACCUUUGAAACAUGGAAUAAAUAUCAGGAGGUUUUAAACCAUUAUGCAAGGCAAAACAACUUUGUGAUUAGGAAGAAACGAGUCGACAAUAGUCAUGAUCUACGCUAG